CAGGGGAACACACAGCAACAACACAGAACACACUCAAUCCCCACCAAACCCACAACUAUAUAAGCCCGCCCAGAGGGGCAUUAUGGGGGAUCCUGCCAGGUGUCUCUCCACCCCCAAUGCUACAGAGCCCUCACCUGGCUGGUUAACUGUGCUCAGUAACCACAGUCAUAGAAAAGUAUCUUAAGCAUUUGGGCAGCCUGCACUGGUAGCUCCCGGGCGGCUACUGGAGAUGGGUGUGGAGCUUGUGUCUGACGCUCCCCCCUCAGGUAAAGCCAAGGGCUGGUAUGGUGCAAGUCUAUCCUUGUGAAGCACCACCUGGUUCUGCUUACUCACCCAGUCUCACCCUGUACACUGCUGUACAUCCGACAGUCUUUUCAGUACAGCACAGAGUCAGCUCCACUGACUCUCUGACUGUGGGAACAAACCCUUUUUCAAACCAGGGUGUUACACCCACACCAGUGCACCAGGGACAAAGUUCUCUCCUAGGCUACAUGCAUCUUGGCCCCGCAUCAGGCAAGGCCCCAUGUCCAUCGGUGUCCCCAACUGGUCCUGCUAUUGGGGAACAUGCAAGCACUGGGUCAGCCCUGUCCAGGUUGCACAGGAACCCCCCCAACCGCUGCUGGCCGGGGAACUGGCCUGCGGGGCUACUGCCGGUUGUGUGGCGGUAGCUCGGUCCUCGGCAUGCAGAUCGUUCUGGCACUUCUUCCUUCCGUAGCUCCUCUCAUAUGAGCCCUUGCCAGUUACCUGGUCUUAGUGCAUACUGCCUGGGAAGACAGUGUAUGUAUGGAUGGGUUUCUGGCUGGCCAUGGUGGUGUAGAUGACCCUCCAGCCGGCUGCUACAGUGUCUGGUUGGCUGCAGCCCUUCCCUACCGCCAGUGUGGAGAGCCAUGUCAUCAGUACUGGAGCACCCCAGGCAUUUCUACCAUGGCCACCCAACUUUGUCAGAAGGUCAAGGUCAAGGCCAACGAUGCAUGAAUCUUGAAUGUUGGCCAGUCCGACCUGGCGCUCAACAGUGAAGCUAGCAAGAGUCACUUUGACCAUGUCAAUAGUCGUGUUGUUAUGCUGUUAGUUGGAGUAAUAACAGCAUUAUUAGAACUGAAGAGAAGAAACAUCGGAGGAAGUUCAUGUUAAAAUUAAGUUUCAGAACAAAAACGAGCGAGCUACAUGGGGGCUGAAGGCGUGACGAGUGCGUUUAGAGAGAGGAGGAGGAAGAGGAGGAGCUGCAGAUGGAGGAAGAGGAGGCGUCCUGUCCGUCUGUGUCCAGAGGAGAGGAGCGGUCGCCAUGUUAUCCAAGAAGCCCGGAGCCUCGGUUCUUCCGACGGGCAAAGUGGUCGAGCCAGUCUGCUCACCUGGUCACAACGGCUCUCAGACAACAUCGCCCGUCGCCCUGCCGCCGCUUCGAAGCCACAACCUCAACCUCAACCCUCUGACGGGAGGCUCUAAAGCUGCCAUGUCGGACGCCGUUCAGCUAUCAUCACAGUCACAGGUCCACAUCACCCAGCUGUACGAGGAGAACACCAACAAACGUCCGGUACUGACCUCCCAGCCGAACGGUCUGGCCCUGCUCAGCUCCACCCGGCCAGGCCUGCCACUGCCAGACCAGCAAACCUCAACCUCAGAACCCACCCAACAAUGCCGCCAGGGCAGCGCCACCUCCCACAAGUCAACAGACAGCAAGCCAAAGAUCACCCCCAUGUCCCCAGAGCAGGCCAUGAAGCAAUUCAUGUCCAAAAUGUCUUCGUUCGAACAUCACGAAGUGUUCAACUACCCUGAAGUUUAUUUUGUCGGCCCCAUUGCUAAGAAGAGGUCAGGGGUCAUGGGUGGAGCCAACAACGGUGGCUACGACGAUGAUCAGGGAUCCUACAUCCAUGUCCCACAUGACCACAUUGCCUACCGCUACGAAGUCCUGAAGGUCAUUGGCAAGGGCAGCUUCGGACAGGUGGUGAAGGCCUUUGACCACAAGUCUCAGUCGCACAUGGCUCUGAAGAUGGUCCGCAAUGAGAAGCGCUUCCACCGGCAGGCAGCGGAGGAGAUCCGCAUCCUGGAACACCUGAAGAAGCAGGACAAGGACUUGAGCAUGAAUGUCAUUCAUAUGCUGGAGCACUUCACCUUUCGAAACCACAUCUGCAUGACCUUCGAGCUGCUCAGCAUGAACCUGUAUGAGCUCAUCAAGAAGAACAAGUUCCAGGGCUUCAGCCUCCCGCUGGUCAGGAAGUUUGCCCACUCCAUCCUGCAGUGUCUGGACUCACUGCAUAAGAACCGCAUCAUCCACUGCGACCUCAAGCCUGAAAAUAUUUUACUCAAGCAGCAAGGACGCAGUGGCAUCAAGGUCAUAGACUUUGGUUCUAGCUGUUAUGAGCAUCAGAGAGUUUACACCUACAUCCAGUCCAGGUUCUACCGAGCGCCAGAAGUCAUUCUAGGCUCCAGGUAUGGCAUGCCUAUCGACAUGUGGUCUCUGGGCUGCAUCCUGGCUGAGCUGCUGACCGGUUACCCCCUGUUGCCGGGUGAGGACGAAGCUGACCAACUGGCCUGCAUCAUCGAACUGCUGGGCAUGCCCAGCCAGAAGCUCCUUGAUGCCUCCAAGAGAGCCAAGAACUUUGUGUCAUCCAAAGGCUACCCGCGGUACUGCACUGUCACCACGCUGCCCGACGGCACCACUGUGCUGAACGGUGGGCGAUCUCGACGGGGGAAGGUACGUGGCCCCCCAGGCAGCAAGGAAUGGAGCGCAGCACUUAAAGGCUGUGAUGACGCGCUGUUUCUGGAUUUUCUCAAACAGUGUCUAGAGUGGGACCCAGCGCUCAGGAUGACUCCCAGCCAGGCACUGCGCCACUUAUGGCUGAGGAGGCGACUUCCCAAACCCCCAUCAGGAACCACCACGGGGGAGAAGACCUUGUCCAAACGAGGCACCGCCACCGAUGGCACCAUCACCUCCAUAUCCAAGCUUGCCACCACCACCUCCACCACCACAUCCUCCUCUUCCAAAACCAGGACUAACUUAGCAGCAAUCACCGAUGCCAACGGAAACAUCCAGCCUAGGACGGUUCUGCCCAAACUGGUCAGCUGAGAGUGAUUGCACCCCGCUCGCUGUGGUGGGGGAUGAAAGCUGUGCUCAGAUGAGCUGCCAGCUGGACCUGAAUAAAACUGGUCUGUCCAGUUUUGAAGAGCAUUUGGUUUUUUUCCACACUGGUUUUCACAGUGUUGUUGGGGUGCAUUCAGGACAAACAGUCAUGAAAACUUAGCAUUUGGUGUGUUAAAUGUGCAGAUUGGCUGGGCUGAGAUGUAAGCUGAGCCGAAGGAAACUUGACUGAUACAUUGGGGUGCAUUCAGACUCCUCAGAUUCCCAGUCCUGUCUGAAAAAUACAGUAGCUGUUUUAUAUUGUGAGCAGCAAGACAGAAUGUGACACACAGAUUUUAAAUAAUUUUGGUGCUGCUCAGACAAUCAUAAGACAACACUUUGUAGCUCCAAACACAUCACACAUCAAAAAAACAUGGUGCUGAUGGAGGGAACAAAGCAUUUUAUAUGUUUUUAGCACAGAAUCUAUUUGAAUAACCAUAGAAUCGAUAAAUCAAUUAGACACCAAAAACCGCUUUUUAAGACAUUAGUUGUACUAGGUUAUAUCUACAGACAUUUGCAGGGCCUCACAUUUAUGUGAUUAACUGACAAAAAAUCAGAUAUAGCUGUAUAAUACUGAGGUAACAGUUUCAAAAAUGUAAUGUUCAGCUUGCUAGUUUUUGUUUCAUCACACUAUGAAAUAACUAAUUUGUGUUAUGUUUCCGUUUGGGGAACAUUUGUAUUUGUAAGCAUUUGUUAAUUAUGUUUGACUAAAAAAUUUUAUCAGAAAACAAUUCCAGCAACCCCAUCCAAACAAUUUACCUGAUGGCUACCUUUCUUAGCUACCUGUUCUUACAGCGUGUUACUGUGCUAGCAUUAUGCCUGAAAGCUAGCUAACUGUUAACUGGCACUGGUUAGUUGCUGGACAGCUAUGUCUUUGUGUGUAGCUGUCGCAUUGCUACCUAUUUACACCUUUAACUGGCCGGGCAGUUAGCCUAGCAAAUUUUAAAACAGUCAGCAAGCUAUAGCUGGCUCUGCCUUUUUUGGCAGUCAGGUGGCUAGCCUUAGCCUUUUUUAGCCAUAGCCUGUUAGGUCUCCACUGCCCAGCCUUAUGAAGCACAGACAGAAUGACAAAACGUUUUUAACUCCUCAGAUUUAGUUUUAAGUUUUGCAGACACAGUAAACAAGUAGAAUAGAUUAACUAGCACCACUUUGUUCUCUUUUAAUCAAUCAAAUCUUAUUAUUAAAGGUAGGGUUGGCGAUUCUUUCAGAUGGCAGUGAAGACAUUAAAUGCACUGACAACAUAAACAAAUAAAUCUGUGGCAGCAGCAGGGCUGCAAAAAAGGCUAACCAAUGAUUUUGCUGGGUCUGAGCAAAACCACCGCAUGGCCUACCUGCCUGUCAACUAACUCCCUAGCUGUACGCACCCUGUCCUUGCACUCAUUGCGUGAGCCAAGAGCCUCCAACAAGGCCUGGCAGGCAGACAUGUUACUGCUCUGUUUUGAUAGCUAUUGGAGGAGCAGCUUUGAAGAGAGAUCAGAAAGAAAGGGUGGGAUUUCUAUGGCGGUCAACUUUCAAAAUCGAGCUUCCUCUUGCUGAUUUUUCCAGGAUCACCAACCUUACCUUUCAGGACAAAAAUGGUUGUAAAGAUAAAGUCUAAAGUAGGCUAAAGGCAGUUUUACAGACAAAUUAUAAAUCAGUUUGAAAUCAAAGGGCUCUGAUAUUAAAAAUGGAAAUGUUAGAAGCCAGUCUUGUUUAUAUGAAAGGAGAAAAAUCUUUAACUGAGAUGGCAGAAUCAGCAAAAGUCCUUAAUAGAUAUGAAGUGUUGUUGCCUAGAUAAAAUAUGUUUUCCUGUAGUCUGUGUCAAUGACAGACUACUUCAGAAUUUUAGUAAUAUUUAUGGGCUAUAUAUUAUUGGCAUAGCCAUUUAAAUAAUUCCUUUUAUCAUGUAAUUUUUUGUGUUUGGAGCAAAUUCAUUUUUAAGAGGAUUCAGUAAAAGACUUCAGACACAGAAACCAUUUGAAACCAAAAUAUCUUCCAUAAUGUCACAGUAUAGUGCAGUAGUUGUAUAGACAACAGUGAAAUUUGGAAGAAAAGGCAUACCUUUUCAAUCUAUAGAGGUCAGCUGUGUAUAUAGAGAUAUAUCCUGGGUUCAACAUGUAAGUGUGAACCAGCAAUAAAUUUCUACACUGACCAAUUGCUUCAUGAAAACCUAGGAUGAAAAUUAAGACAGGAAAUUGUAAAUGGAAAUAAAAGCCUUCACAAAAAGGCAGGAUAAAUUAAUACCAGAAUCUUAACAGGGUCCAGUCACACCGGUACGUCUACAGAGUUAAACUCCUGCAGCAUGGAUUGAAAUCUCUUGUGAUGCAGAUGUUCCGUGUUUUUUCUGUUUUAGGUUUUUUUGAGCUUUUUGAUGUGCGUCACACACCGCCUGUGUGCGUUGCCCUAUAGUAGAUCAUCGCAGCCUUCUCCCUGCACAUGGUCCUGUUUGUUUCACAGAUGGAGUAGUCAUGUAAUAUUCUCACUUCCAGAUCAAAUAAUUACACAGAAAACACAUCUGUCAUCUUGGCCUGAAUAUUAAAAAACCCUGACUACAAGAUGUAAAAAAAUAAUAAUAAUACAUUCAACUCAUUUUAGUUACCUCUGUGGCAGAAGUCAAAUGGGCAAAAAUUCCUGUAGGUCAACCCGGGUUGACCCACAGGAAGGUAAACACUUUGGGACUCACCUUCUCUGAAAGAUGAUACAUGAACCAGAUGAAGCACGCUAUCUUAAACAGUCAAUAAUGUGACACACUGAGUAGGAGACUUUUGCUUCAAAAACAAUCUAUAAAUGUGUAAUCCUCAAAUAUAAUAUAAUACAGCCCCCUCUUUGUCAACACAUUUACAGGAUGAAAAA